AUGUUAAAAAUAUCUAUCUAUCUAUCUAUCUAUCUAUCUAUCUAUCUAUCUAUCUAUCUAUUUGGCUCUUUUCUUUCUUUUUAUCGCCUUUUCUUCAUUUCUUUCUUUCUUUCUUUUUCUUACUUUCUCUUUUCUUUCUUCCUUUCUUUCUUUCUGUCAUUCUUUCUAUCUUUCUUUCUUUUCCCUUUUCUUUCUUUCUUUCUUUCUUUUUCUAACAUUCUCUUUUCUUUCUUUCUUUCUGUCAUUCUUUCUAUCUUUCUUUCUUUCUCUUUUCGUUUUUUCUUCCUUAUUUACUUUUUUCUUUCGUUCCUUCUUAUAGCAUUUUCUGACUUUUUUCUUCCUUCCUUUCUUUCUUUCUUUCUUUCUUUCUAUUUCCUUUUUUUCUUACUUUCUCUUUUCUGUUUUUUUUUCUUUCUUCUUUCUCUUUUCUUUCUUUCUUCUUUUUUCCUAUUUCCCUUUUCUUUCUGCCUUUCUCUAUUCUUUCUAUCUUUCUUUUUCUUUCAUUCUUUCUUUUCUCUUUUCCGUUUUGUGUCUUUUUUCCUUACUAUCUCUUUUUCUGUUUUUCUUUCUUAUUUCUCUUCUUUGUUUCUUUCUUUCUUUCUCUCGUUCUUUAUUUCUAUUUCCCUUUUUUCUUACUUUCUCCUUUCUGUCUUUCUUUUUCUUUCUGUCUUUCUUUUUCUUUCUUAUUUCUCUUUUCUUUCUUUCUUUCUUUCUUUCUUUCUAUUUCUCUUUACUUUCUUUCUUUUCGUCUUAUAG